GUUGAUGAACUGCCUGCUACUCCUGACUGUGAUGUUUCCUGCGGUCCAGUCACAUCGGGGCGGGGGCUUUGGCCGUGGGGGAGGCCGAGGUGGAGGAUGGGGCGGAAGCAGCUCUGGUCGCACGGGAGGGGAGGAGGCGGUGGACAUUACCGUGCCCCACCAGUCCAUACUGGAGGCUCCUUGGGACACAGUGCUGGGAAGGUAGCAGGGGCGGCCGCCGCCGGAGCUCUAGGGGGAAUGCUGGUCGGACACGGCUUGAGCUCCAUGGCCCGACCUGGAUAUGGGUACGGGCAUGGGUAUGGAGGAUAUGGAGGCUACGGUGCGGGGUAUGGGCAUGGGCACGGACACGAAGGACAUGGUGGUGAGCAUUCAGGAGAUCAUGUUCACAACGAGACAGAUGUGGAUUAUUACACAGAUGCUGCCAGUUCUGGACCUAUUUAUAGCUGCGUGACAGUUUUUGGACUCGUGAUGUCAUUCUUACUUGGGUACAUUCUGUCAUAAAGGACACUUUGGCACUUGGCAUGGGUCAGUCUUGGGCACCUUCUUGCAUCUGUCACUUCUUUCGAUACAAAAAUAAUCGAACAAAAUAAAAAAUGUGUGACAGACGCAGCAUUAAAACAUGGGAGUAAAAUGUAAAGCAAUUAAACCACUAUCAAGGAUUUCAUUACACCUGAGGCCUCUGUGCAUGAUCUCUGCCAAAGUUUUGUGUUAAAUUGACAGCAGAAAAUAAGGUUACAUUUGCUUGAUUGGCGUUUUGAGCAAGUUCUGUUUCCAAUGUUUCCUCAGUGUUUGUUUUUUUAGCUCUGAAGCGAGCGUUAUGAUGAGCAUAUGCAAGAGUUAUGAUGAGCAUAUGCCUGAGUCAGAAGCCUGUCAUUUUUUUUUCCCAGAUUGAUGGUUUUUAUAAAUGAUGUAGAUUUUUUUCAUGAUUUAAUUAAUCUGAAUAAUGGAAUUUUGUAUCAUUUAAAAUAUAUGAUGAAUAGCAUGUAGUUUAUCAUCUAAAGAGAUUUGCAGAGCAUCAUGUAUGU